AUGUACGCUGAUGACAUUAAGAUUUACGGCAUCUAUGAUGAUGAGAACUACCAUGAAGUACGUACUGCACUUCAAACGUCACUAGCUAGGAUGUCUGACUGGGCUUCUAAAUGGGAUUUGCACAUUAACUAUGACAAGUCCCUGGUUAUGCGUUUAGGUAAAGGGGAUGUGGCUGAGUAUAGUAUGAAUGGAGUAACUCUUAACACAUGUAAAUCUGUAAGAAACUUAGGAAUUUUUGUCGAUGAGAACUUCAACUUCUCUGAACACAUUGAUCAUGUUGUACGAAAAGCAUACUCCUCCCUUUUUCGCCUUUUUCGGAUUGCCCACACCAGUAAUCCAACUAUUCUUACUCGCUUAUACAAAUCGUUCGUCUUACCUCAUCUUGAAUAUGGCCCUCAUAUUUGGAGCCCCUCAAAGAAGAAGCACAUAGCGAAGCUCGAAAAGGUGCAAGAUACUUUGUUCAGAAGAAUGUCAGCAAAUCUAACGGUGACUAGCUACAACGAUCGUCUUAGAAAAUUAGCUAACUGUAUGGCCAGUCCUCGCAUCCUUCUGACGCAUGGAGCCUAA